AUGGCAAAGGCUCUCGGUGAUUGGCCCAUCGAGCGCAGAGCCCGGCGACAUCUUGGGACGCCAAGAAGUCGGAGUUUGCCGGUGAGAGGCCGAUUCCUUCCACAAAGUUUCCACUCCCUCGUGGCUUCCCCUCACCAGAAUUUCCCAUUUUUUCUGCGUCUCUUUUCCCCUGGUCGCAUGUCCCAUGGUGAUGAUCGUCGGAGUGCUUCAAUCCUCCAAGAUCCGACCAGGACUAAAUCGUUCGUGCCGUCGGUAGGACCACCACAUGCGGAACACGGCGCAAAGGGGGCGCGCAUGGUCGGCACAUUGUGUGCAAUUUCCCCCGCUCAUGCGACAGACGAUCAACAGCAGACGGUUGCAACGUCGGGCUUCCCCGCGCCGUGGUUGACUCGAUGGCUAACUCUGUAUGGAGCGCAUGAUGUAGCGUGUCUUGGCCACAGCGGUGCUUAUCUCCCUCAAUUCCUGUCGGAUGUCCGGUGGGAAAACGUGGCAAGUGAGGCAAUUGUGCCAUUCGAUCAGGAUGGGGGAAAGGAUGGAAUCAUGACUCAAGGUGACAAAGGAAAGGCCUCUGAUCCGACAGCUGAUGCUCACGGCGCGACAGUACUAGUAGAGACUCGAGAGACAUUCCUAAUUGGGGGUGGAGUUCAUAGCCGACCGGCUCAAGCCGCCCAGAACAGGUCAAAGGCGGAGUUGCCUGGACUGAUCAUCCGGGCUAUCGUAUGGAGUAGUGGCAUCAGGCAAUCUCUGGGGCAGCAGAGCGCGGAAGGAGCGCGCCCCGUUCAGGUUAAGUAUCCUGACCCCCUCCGAAGAGCACCUGCAGCGGACUCUACAGUCCGGCUCAAAGACAAUCAAUCAUUCUCCGCAGGCGACUGGUUCGCUUCCACGGGCUUGGCUCGAGAAGGAAUGGCAGGAGAAAUACGCGACUAUGGUGAUCUUCACGGUGCCUUUGACUCACAUCCAGCACCCCCCGAUGCCGCAAGAGCUCGGCCGGGAGCCAAGCCAUCUGGAUUCGAGGCUCUAUCAAUCAGCAUGUUCGAGAUGGUGUGUACGGCAGCUUAUUGGGCAUCAAACAACGCUUUAUUGCUCUUAAGUGUUGACCUUGGAACUGCAACAGCUGACCAGGGCGCCACAGCGCAGGAUGGAUGGAAUAUCCCUAGUAGCAAACAAAGUAAAGGCCACCAUGGCUUAAUAGCCGGAGAAAAGCAGUAUGUCCCCGGCUCGGACUCGAACCGAAGCCAUGACCCAAGCAAGGAUAAUGAAUGGAAUGAGAAUAAUGGGUAUAAGUGA